ACACAGCACGGAGACAACAACACAGAGACAACAACACAGAGACAGCGACACAGCACGGAGACAACAACACAGAGACAACAACACAGAGACAACAACACAGAGACAGCGACACAGCACGGAGACAACAACACAGAGCAUCAUCAUCAUCAUCGUCGUGAUCGUCACCUGCAGGGCCCCGUGAUGUCGUGGGACUGCCCGCUGGACCCAUCUCCCGGGACGUUCCCUCGGCCGCCGAUCCGCCUCAAGGUUUCCUUCGAGUACGCGCCGCCCGAGGCCGCGGGCGAGAGGCUGUGCUGGCUGGCGCUGGAGCCCGGCCGCUGCCGCGUGGUGGCCGACCUCGCGUGCCUCAUCCGCCAGCGCUUCGGGCUCGGCGGGCGCGUGGGGCUGUCGCUGUUCGUGCAGGGCUGCCUGCUGCCGCACGCCGAGCCCGUGGGGCUCGUGCGCGACGGAGACACGGUCCAUGUGCGGCAGACAGAACUUCUGGACUUGUGCCCAUCUAGUGGUGAGAGCCAGUCGCUGCCAUCUUGCAAGAAAAGGAAGAGCUGCCACGUUGAAGGUGACAGCGAUGGAAGCGACUCUGUCCACAACAACGUCAGAAAGCGUAAAAAGAAAAAUAAACGGGAAACGGAGUCUCCCAAGGACCAAGAGGACCUACAAGAAAACCACGUGAAUUCAAUCUCACCAGCAAAGAAGAGAAAGAAGAAGAAAGCUGAAGAGGUUAAUGAUGAUGAUACAGUCAAUGCCAGACAGGCAUUUGAGACAAGUAAAGUCAAAGCGAAAUUGGAUAAAUUGAAUAAAGGCCACGGGAAAGCUGUGAGUUCCAGCAGUGAGAAGGAUGAGCAUGAAGAUGGUUCUGAGCACGAGAAUUCAACGACGAAGGUUCGCCAGAAAAAUAAAGUUUCCCGGAAAUCUGAAACCAGAGUGCAGGCAAAUGAUAAAAAGGAGAAAAGGAAAGCAUUUGAUUCCCAACAAAACGGUUCUGCUUUGUUUACAAAGGAAAGAAAACGGACUUCGUCAAAAGCUGCAGCAAGCACAAAAUCAAAGGUUGCAGUUACAGUGAGCAAGCAGAAGUCGAAAAGCAGCUUAUCUUUGAGCUCAGGUGAUGAUGGCGACGAUGGUGUCCAAAGUGAUAAAUCAGGCAGUGGAUCUAAAGCCGCAAAAAAUAAAACGGUAGGUGCUGGACGUGCAAGACAAGGUAAAGGGAAACGAAAGGUCACCAACGGUGGGAUGCAUGCAACUGUGCAGAUUCCCACGCAACAACGGAAGGCCGGGAAACCAGUGGAAGAAACUGACUCCAGCUCCGACAGCGAUGAGAAUGACAAGGGAAAUAAACUAAACAGUCCUGCCGACAAUACGGUUCGCCCACAUUCGGGAACAAGAUCUGCAGCAGCUCCUUCGGCCGUCGCCAAGAGCAGCAUUGCAGAGAAGUCCUCGAAAGGGGACGGCUCGGCCGAAUCGGGCAGCAGCAGCAGUGAAGACGCGUCGAGUGGAAAGGAAGCUGAACCCGCAGUGGGGCCGACGCCCAUGAAUGUGUCGGGGAGGAGAGGGGGGAAGAACACGCAGCGCGAAAAUUCACCAUGUGAAGUAGAGGAUGAUGCCCAGGGAGCCACGUCUGGACUGGGAAGGGGCCAGAGGAAGUGGAAUGGAGCAGGGAACCGUGGAAUUGGAAGGAGUUGUGGAACGUUUCCUGGCACUCCGUACCCGAGCCGGCAUGAAGAUGGGACAUCUGGGAUGCCCAACGAUGAGCCUUUCCCCGGGCGAGGGAGAGGCUGGAGGGGCGGUCGGGGCCGAGGGGCAGUGGGGGAGAGCGCUGCUCAGUGCCGCAGUCACUUGCGCUUCGACGCGUUUUCCUCAGAGCCGGAAGUGUUGCCCAGCAAGGAGCUGAGCAGAGAGAGUGGAGCUGGAGAUGUCUACACCAACGCCUCCACCGUAGUGCAGAAUGCCGUGGAGGUGGUCAAGAGGGAUUACUCUGCACUUCCUACCUUGGAUGGACCUCCACGGGCAGGGGACCACAUCGCUUUCAAGAUGUUGGAAAUGAAUGACAAUUACUCCCCAGAAGUCUCUGACUACAAAGAGGGGGAGGUGCUGAUGUACGACCCCAUCUCCCGCGAAUUGGAGAUUACGGUCAAGGCGGACCCAUCGGCAGGCAAGCGGAUGGGUGGAAAAUUCGAGUUGGAGUACGAGAGUGAUGCCGAGGGCAACUCUCCAAGGGCGGAGGCUGCACCCUGCCUCACGCGCGAAACGACAAUUACCAUUAAGUGGACGUCGCUGUUUGAUCCCAGGCUGAUCGUGGAGAUUGUGCCGCCCCCCUUCGUGGCCCUGCCCUCAUCAUCUCCACAGCUGUGACCGGCCAAGGAGUUGGCCAGAGGUAGCCAAAGCUCGGUGCGGCCUGGUGGACCCCGAGAGGUCCUGCCUCCACCUCCCCCAUGCUGGCGAGAUGUUAACUACCUUGCCUGGUAAAUGGGAGGUCGUGGCUUCGAUCCCGACCAUGUGACGCCUGCUGUGUAUUUGGAGUCUGUAUGUUCUCUCUCCUCGUGGAUAUUUCUCUGGGUCCUCUGUUUUUUUGCCCCACAUUUAGAAUCAACGUGUUUAGAGUAUUUGGCUACUGCUAUACAUUUACACAUAAGCCACUUUGUUGAGCCGUCGUUUGUGGCCAGGUCGCAUCUGAAAAAGAGCUCUGUAGCUCAGUGAACCUUAGCUGGUAAAAUAAAAAAAAAAUCUGUAGGGGAGCAAUCAAUUUGUUUUUAUUGAAUGUAUGCUCGUAUGUAUGUUGGACUUCUUUCGCACCGCACGUAGCCAACCGUGCUAAUCGGAGGUGUGGGGGAAGGACGACAAACUAAACACAAAAAGCAGCUUGGCUUAGCAUAUGCUCGUCCCCUGCUAAAUCUGUUGUUCAUAUUUUAAUCGAGGGACGAUAUCGAUGGCGUGCGCGUCUUCCUUUUUGGCCGCGAUGUCGCGACCGUUUCUGAAGGCAGCCCGAGCAAAAGUGCGCAAGCCCUUCCCACUCCCUUUUGGAAAAGCAAGCCCCCACUCGGCCCGCCGAAGGGGGCCAACGCAGAGCUGGCUUGCACCCCUCCCCUCUCCCGCGUAAGACAACGUGAACGUCUGGAAGCUGGGGAACAUUCGCUCAGUUUUGCAGGCCACAUCAGUGAUUUGUUUUAAGCGGUCUCGUGGGAAACUGAAGCGAGUUGACGAUGUGUUCGUUCAGUUGUUUAUCUCACAGGAGCCCAGCGAUGCUUGCUGUAGAUCGUGGCGAAGGCUUUGUCUGUCAUUGCGUUCAGGAUCCUUGUGAGAUGUGCCAUGGAAGAUUUUACGCACUGCCUUUGGACGUGAUACUUUCAACGUGAAAAUAUUCUACAGCCGUGGUAAAUUGGCUACAAGCGCAGGUGUUGGAGCAACAGAGCCUUGUCAUUAGAAUUUUAUAUGUGUGCAAAAACCAGUGGAAAAGUCAAAACAGCAUCGUGUUCACCUGGAAUACCGUUUAGAAUUUUUAUAUUUGAAUAAAUAAAAAACAAACCAUCACCGACGUUUCAUAA